GCGCGCGUGUUGUGGUUGUGGAAGCAGCAGCAGCAGCGAUGGCGAGCUCCGCGGCGAAACAGCCUCAGAAAGGCGCCGCUAAAGGUCCCGCAGCGCCCGCCGGCGGAGCGGCCGCCGCCGGGGCGGCCAUGCCCCUGGCCUCUCCGCUCAUGGGGGGAAUUAACAACAAGAAGAAGAAGCCGUUUCUGGGGAUGCCGGCUCCGCUCGGAUACGUACCCGGUCUGGGGAGAGGUGCCACAGGUUUCACCACGCGUUCUGAUAUUGGUCCUGCUCGAGAUGCUAAUGACCCAGUGGAUGACCGUCAUGCUCCCCCAGGGAAGAGAACAGUGGGAGAUCAGAUGAAGAAGAACCAAGAUGAUGAUGAUGAGGAUCUGAACGACACCAACUAUGAUGAGUUUAAUGGUUAUGCUGGGAGCCUGUUCUCCAGUGGACCAUACGAGAAAGAUGACGAAGAGGCAGAUGCUAUUUAUGCAGCACUGGAUAAAAGAAUGGAUGAGAGGCGAAAAGAGAGAAGGGAGCUGAGGGAAAAAGAGGAGAUAGAGAAGUAUCGUAUGGAGCGUCCCAAGAUCCAGCAGCAGUUCUCAGAUCUGAAGAGGAAGCUUUCUGAAGUAUCAGAAGAGGAGUGGCUGAGUAUUCCAGAUGUGGGAGAUGCGAGGAACAAAAGACAGAGGAACCCGCGCUACGAGAAACUCACUCCUGUUCCUGAUAGCUUCUUCGCCAAGCACCUCCAGACCGGAGACAACCACACCUCAGUUGACCCCCUACAGCAAUUUGGUGGCUUGAACACACCAUUCCCCGGGGGCUUGAACACACCAUACCCAGGCGGUAUGACUCCAGGGGCUGGAGAGCUGGACAUGAGGAAGAUUGGUCAGGCCAGAAACACUCUGAUGGACAUGAGACUCAGCCAGGUGUCUGACUCUGUGAGUGGGCAGACAGUGGUGGACCCUAAAGGCUAUCUGACAGAUUUAAACUCCAUGAUUCCAACACAUGGGGGUGACAUCAGUGAUAUUAAGAAAGCGCGUUUGCUGCUGAAAUCAGUGCGAGAGACCAACCCUCACCACCCGCCUGCAUGGAUUGCCUCGGCACGUUUGGAGGAGGUGACGGGGAAACUGCAGGUGGCCAGAAAUCUCAUCAUGAAAGGCACUGAGAUGUGUCCCAAGAGUGAGGACGUAUGGCUGGAGGCAGCGCGGCUGCAGCCCGGAGACACGGCGAAGGCAGUAGUUGCUCAGGCUGUUCGGCAUCUUCCCCAGUCUGUGCGGAUCUACAUUCGAGCAGCUGAGCUGGAAACCGACAUCAGAGCCAAGAAACGAGUUUUGAGGAAAGCUCUGGAGAAUGUGUCCAAAUCUGUGCGUCUGUGGAAGACAGCUGUUGAGUUGGAGGAGCCAGAGGAUGCCAGGAUCAUGCUGAGCCGAGCUGUAGAGUGCUGCCCCACAAGUGUGGAGCUCUGGCUCGCAUUAGCCCGGCUCGAGACGUACGAGAACGCUCGACGGGUUUUGAACAAGGCCCGUGAGAACAUCCCCACAGAUCGCCACAUCUGGAUCACUGCUGCCAAGCUGGAGGAGGCGAAUGGCAACACGCAGAUGGUGGAGAAGAUCAUUGACAGAGCCAUCACUUCACUACGGGCCAAUGGUGUUGAGAUUAACCGUGAGCAGUGGAUUCAGGAUGCUGAGGAGUGUGAUAAAGCCGGCAGUGUGGCCACCUGCCAGGCGGUGAUCAGAGCAGUGAUUGGUAUUGGUAUUGAGGAAGAGGACUGUAAACACACGUGGAUGGAGGAUGCAGAGAGUUGCGUGUCUCAUGGAGCUCUGGAGUGUGCCCGUGCCAUCUAUGCCCACGCCCUGCAGGUCUUCCCCAGCAAAAAGAGUGUAUGGCUGCGAGCAGCGUACUUUGAGAAGAGUCAUGGCACACGAGAGUCUCUAGAGGCUCUUCUACAGAGGGCAGUAGCUCACUGUCCCAAAGCGGAGGUUCUUUGGCUGAUGGGAGCCAAGUCCAAGUGGCUGGCUGGAGACGUCCCUGCAGCCAGAAGCAUUCUGGCUCUGGCCUUCCAGGCCAACCCCAACAGUGAGGAGAUCUGGCUGGCUGCUGUGAAGCUGGAAUCGGAGAAUAACGAGUAUGAAAGAGCCCGCAGGCUGCUGGCCAAAGCCAGAAGCAGUGCUGCCACCGCUAGGGUGUUCAUGAAGUCCAUAAAGCUGGAGUGGGUGCUGGGGAACAUUGAUGCAGCCCAGGAGCUGUGCACAGAAGCCUUAAGGCUGUAUGAGAACUUUCCUAAGCUCUGGAUGAUGAAGGGUCAGAUUGAGGAGCAGUCGGAGAACAUGGAUCUGGCACGUGAGGCCUACAACCAGGGGCUAAAGAAGUGUCCUCACUCCAUGCCCUUGUGGUUGCUGCUUUCACGUUUAGAGGAGAGAGUGGGUCAGCUGACCCGUGCCCGCGCUAUCCUGGAGAAAUCUCGCCUCAAGAACCCACAGGCCCCAGAGCUCUGGUUAGAGUCAGUUCGACUGGAAUACAGAGCAGGCCUGAAGAACAUUUCCAACACACUGAUGGCCAAAGCCUUGCAGGAGUGCCCCAACUCAGGUGUCCUGUGGGCGGAGGCUGUAUUCCUGGAGGCCAGACCACAGAGAAAGACCAAGAGCGUUGAUGCUCUGAAGAAAUGCGAGCAUGACCCCCAUGUUCUCCUGGCUGUUGCAAAGUUAUUCUGGAGUGAAAGAAAAAUAACUAAAGCUCGAGAAUGGUUCCUGCGCACAGUAAAGAUUGAGCCAGACCUGGGUGAUGCCUGGGCGUUCUUCUAUAAAUUUGAGCUUCAGCAUGGUACAGAGGAGCAGCAGGAGGAAGUGAAGAAGCGCUGUGAGAACGCAGAGCCCCGCCACGGAGAGCUGUGGUGCGCCGAGUCCAAACACAUCCUCAACUGGCAGAAGAAGAUCGGCGAGAUCCUGGUUCUCGUUGCUGCCAAACUCAAGAACACCUUUUAAAAUCUGAGACUCUGUUAUACACAGCAUGUACACCUGCAGCUUUAUUCGAGUUAAUAUGAGCCGUUUUUUGAUAGAUUUGUGGAAGGAGGAUAUUUUUUCAGUUUUUUUUUUGUUGUUUUUUUUGCUGGUUUGUGUUUUAGAACCAGAAACUGCUUACAGAAUAGAUCCAGUGUCUACUUUUUUUUGUAGGCUGUACCAACAAUCGCUUUAUAAGUAAUUGUAAAACAGCUUGUGAAUGAUGGCUGUUGUUGUAAUGCCGUCUCUGUGUUUAUUCAUAUAUUACUUCUCCUGAAACUCCCGUCUGUACAUUUCCAACACAAGGCACAAUAAAUGAAAUGAUCAAA